AGUCAGUUCGAGUUGUGAAGUUUGGCCGGAAUGGUAGAGCGCAUUCGGCAGUGAAAGCAGUGAAGUGUUGGAUUGGCCGGGUACCAAACAUUGCCAGCCAGUGAUCAGCCAGUGAACGACACGAUUUCGUGGAUCAACGGAUUAAUACGAACGAACAGACGAGUGUGAGAGUUUGGAGUGCAUCUUACGAUUCGAGUGGCACCGGGCACGAGUGAAUAAAGUAACGAAUCGUGCGGUAAUAACGUUGCCAUUUAAUACGCUACACCGUAACGAACCGACGAGCCGAAGAGUUUAGUGGAAACCCGUGGAAAGAAGACUACGAGUGAACCGGACCCCGAACCACCACAAUGAGAUUGCUUAGAUCCACAGCACUAUUGCUAGUAGUGCUGUCAGCCGCUGCUGUCAUUGGUGCCGAUGAGUGGGGCUGGCUACCGCUGGAGGAAGGACUGCAGGGAGAAGACAAAGUGCGUGAGAAGCGACAGGACAUCGGAGUUCUGCCUGCUGCCCAGCAGAACGUUACCGAGGUCGGCGACGAGGACAUCCUGAACUACAUCCUUGACAGUGGGCGCCAAGGCCGCAGCCUCGAAGGAUUCGACGAGGUGUACAGUGAUCCAUCGGUGCAGGACGCACUGCAAAACGCUGACGACGCACAGGCACGCAAUAUCAUCAAGGACAAGCUGUGUUCGCUCGGUUUGAUGCAAUGCGAGGGUGGCGAAUCGAUUGAAGGCAAGCGACCGUACUAUCCGAUUUACGCUCAGCAGCAACCACCCCGUCCUAGGCCACCCGUACGUGGUCCUCCACUUCCUCCGCAACAGUAUGCCCAACGUCCACCGCUACCACCGCAACAAGCCCUUCCACCGAAGCCCCAACACCAGGGUCCUUACGGACCACCGAAACCCAUGCCGGUACCAAACCAAGCACAACACAAGAUUGGCUACGCAGGAUAUCAACAACGGCCACCCUUCGCUGGCCCUCCGAACUCUUUCGGUGGCCCGAGCUACGCCUCAGCCUAUCCUUCCAAGCCGCUAGGACCAAUCUACGAAGGUGAUGCGCCACCGUUUGAUUUUGAACCAAUCGGGGCCGGGGAUAAGAUUUACGAAGGCUCGCUAUCGAAGCCGGGCAUCGUACUCAAUGAUGGUCCUUUGGUAAAGCCGGUGGAGCAACACAUCCACCAUCACUACCAUCACAUCGAUGGAGCAUCUGACACGAAAACGGUCGUAGUGAAUAACCCCGUUCCGGUGUCUGCCUCGGUUUUGAGUGGUUCUGCCGUUGUUGGUGGAUCCAGCUCGUCCGGAUUCAAUUCUGCCGGCAGCAACGGUCUGUACUCCGCCGGAAGCGUUUACGGAUCUCAAGGACUAUCUGGCAACAGCUUCUCCCCGCUGGCCGGGUCCGAUUUCGACUACAAAGAGCUGAAGGGCGUUAACAAUAACAAUGGCUUUGGACAGUCUGGAGUGUACGCCUCCCAAUCGAAGCCCGUAUUUGAGGGAUCUUCGUCCUCGUUCGGUGCGGGAAGCAGUCAGAGCGGUUUGUACAACCAAGGUCCGGCCCAGUUCGGUAGCAAUUCACUGUACAGUGGGGAGACAGCCGGUACCUACCAGGGAGGAAGCGCUGGAGGCUUCCACUCCACCAACCCGACUCUGUACAAGAAGGAAUUGAAUGUAAAGGGACCAGCCGCUUCGAACGGUUUAGGAACUUACGCCGGCAAUAGCCAGUAUAGCAAGUACAGUCAGUACAACAACAACAACAACAACGGACAGUUCGGAGCGAAUGGUGGACAGUUUGGCUCGAACGGUGGACAAUUUGGCUCGAACGGUGGACAGUUUGGAUCUUCUGCUGGCCAAUACAGCCAGUUCGCGAACGGCAACGGUAUUGAGGAUUGUGUAUGCGUGCCGUACGAUCAGUGCCCGGCACAGGAUGUGAUUGGCCGCAAGGAUGAUCUGAUUCUUCCGCUUGAUCCUCGCAAUCUGAAGACCGACAUUGAGGCUGCAGCUGAUGAGGUGGUUAUUACUGACGGAAACGGUACGAUGACGGUGGUUCGCGUACCGAAGAAUGCAACGGCCGAUCCGGAGACCAAGACCAAGAAGAUAAGCAAGCGUGAGGCAGCGGAAAGCAAAUCGAACAAGGCUACGGAUAAGGUCAACAUUGAACCGCGGUUGGGAGGUGGUGGUAGUGGUGGAGACAAGAAGGUAGUGCCCACCUUCGGUGUAUCGUUCGGUUUGCCGUACCCAUCCGGUUAUCCGCUCAACCCGUACGGUCCCCAUCCGGCACCGAAUCCUUACUUCGGUUCGCUCAGUGCGAACGGGUUGAACCUGGGGCUGGUAAACGUCAACCCGCUGGUGUCGCUCCAGGUGACAAAAGACGAGUACGGUGAUAAGGUGCUGAAACCGCUGGUCAACCUGCACGUCACACCGACGGAAAACAUUGUGCACAAGAUUGGUGGUCUGCUGGCGGCCAAAAAGCAAAACAUAUACCACGUGUUCAAUCAACAUGAGCAUUAUCACGCCCAUCACGGCGGAUAUCCUAGACCGCCGCCAAUCUAUCAUCCCCAUCACGUGCACGGACCACCAUCACCACCGUUCAUUGAUGGGCCAAUCCUUUCGAAACCUCCACAUUUUGGUCACGGUGGUCAUCCGGAGCUUAUCUACACCAAGCCACCCGGUCCGAUCUAUACUGGGCCGGGACAUUUUAAUCGACCACCACCGUUUGUCGGAGGACCUGCACCGUUUGUUGGUGGACCUCCAAUUGGUCCACACAUUGGCGGGGGCCCUAUUGGGUCUGGCUUUGGAUCUCCGGGAUUCGGACCAAGACCACCGUACUUCCGGGAUGCUUCCACGGUGGGUAAACCCGGUGGCGAAGAUACCGAAUACUAUGACAAUGUUGAGUUGGGGCGUAGCACGAACGUGACCUUUGCCGGUGACAGCACCAACGUUUACCGGCCGGCUGGAAACUUCAAGUACCAGUCCGUCUAUCCGCAAACUGCACCGAACGGCAUUAAUGCGAACAGAGCACAGUACGGUCGCCAGUACCAGAACUAUCAGAAUGCGAACGGACAGUAUGCGGACCAAUCUAACGCUGUACGACUUCCAUCCGCCUCCGUUCCAACCCAGAAUGUGCCUACGCCGGCACCGGGAUAUUCGGAGGGCAGUGCCACGAUUAGUUUUCCCAACAGUCGACGCCGACGACGGGCAACGGACGUGGAGGUACCGGACACGUUGGAAACCGAUCAAGAAAUGGUGGCCACCGCGCUUAAGCAGGUCGAAGCGACGGGUCAAUCCGCCUCGGUACAGGAAAAAUCGUUCUCCACAGAAAAGAGACAAGCAUACUAUGGUCCACGCCCUGGUCAACAGCAACAGCAGUGUAGCGGACGACAGGUUUGCUGCCGUCGACCGGUAUAUCGUAAUCCGCCGAAUCAGAAUCUGGGCAAGUGUGGCGUGCGAAAUGCUCAGGGAAUCAACGGACGCAUCAAGAACCCGGUAUACGUCGAUGGGGACAGCGAGUUCGGAGAGUACCCGUGGCAGGUGGCUAUCCUGAAGAAGGAUCCGAAAGAGUCGGUGUACGUUUGCGGUGGAACACUGAUCGACAAUCUGUACAUCAUAACGGCGGCUCACUGUGUGAAAACGUAUAAUGGGUUCGAUCUGCGCGUACGACUCGGCGAAUGGGACGUUAAUCAUGAUGUUGAGUUUUAUCCGUACAUCGAGCGGGAUGUAAUUUCGGUACAGGUCCAUCCGGAGUAUUACGCCGGUACGCUGGACAAUGAUUUGGCCAUUCUCAAGAUGGAUCGCCCAGUGGAUCUUACCAGUGCGCCCCAUAUCGCACCGGCCUGUCUGCCCGACAAGCUUACCGAUUUCUCCGGGCAGCGUUGCUGGACUACCGGUUGGGGUAAGGACGCGUUCGGCGAUUACGGCAAGUACCAGAACAUCCUCAAGGAGGUGGACGUACCGAUUGUCAAUCACUACCAGUGCCAGAAUCAGCUGCGCCAAACGCGACUCGGCUACUCGUACAACCUAAACCCAGGAUUCCUUUGUGCCGGUGGCGAAGAGGGCAAGGAUGCGUGCAAGGGCGAUGGCGGUGGUCCGUUGGUGUGUGAGCGCAACGGUGUGUGGCAGGUGGUCGGUGUGGUGUCCUGGGGCAUUGGCUGCGGACAAGCGAAUGUGCCUGGUGUGUACGUAAAGGUCGCGCACUACCUUGACUGGAUCAAUCAGGUCCGCGUUUGCAUAACGCCAAGAAAACCACCACACGAUAGGAUGGCAACGAUAAAGUACAUCGGCCGUACCACGGAUUUCCGUGGCAAAACGCUGUGGGAAAUAGUGGGAAACUUGAAAAACUUUGGUGUAGGACGUGUCGUUGUGAGAAGCAUGUUUGAACGCUAUCCAGAGCCAAGCUUUAUGAAAAUCGUGAAGGUCGAAGCACUACCGAAUGAGGAACCGGCACGUAAGGUGCGUGUCACGGUAGAGAAAACGUUCCGCGGCCAAAAGAGUCCCAACCUGGUGCAGAUUGAUAGAGUUUCGUACAAGGCCGACUACCGGCUGCUGUCAAAACACGAGGAAGCAUCCUACUGCAAGCUGAUCGACCGGCAGGAGAAGAUAUUUCCAAGGGAGAUCGAUUUGCCACCGCUGUUGAAGGAGUUUAUCGCACGCGAAACUGGUAAACCAGCGCCCAAAGUUCCGAUCAAGCUGAAGGUGGGCCGGGAAAGCCGAUACCGCGUGGCGAAGGAAGGCGAACAGCCGACGGUUGAUGUUACGAUGAACAUCGGCAAACCGGCAAGCCCUAGCUUGUACGCCAACUGUGAACUGUGACGUGAGCGUGCAUUAAAAUAUAGUCUCUAACGAA